AUGGAUACCACUGACGAAACCCUCAUGGCCGCGGCCGACAUCCUCCAAGCCGCGACGAAAAACAUCUCAUACUCGGUAGGUACCAAGAAAAGGCCUCGUCGCCGACCGUUCAUACUCCUGACCAACUCUCAGAGCGUCGUGGAGCCGGAGGCUCUACGGCUGCCAGGCCAGCCCACUAAGGGCAAGGCAGCAUUUGAGAAAGCAAUUCUGGCGCUCGUUCGACAGGUGGAGCAGAUUAGUUCCUUCUAUCACCUUGGCCCUAUUACACCGGCCUCUGAGACGCCACCGACGAAGAUUAUUUGCAUGGGGUCAUCUCCUCCGCUUGACAGGUCCGGGCAGUGA